UGCGGGUUCGCUGCCGCUCCCCCCCGCCCGGUGAUUCAUCCCUCCCUCCCCCCGCCCGGAGCCGCCCAAAAUAGCGACGUGGGGCGGGGGGGGGGGGGGGGGGAGCCCCGAAUAACCUCUCCUGCCUCCCCCCCCCCCACCGGAGGCGGCGGCGAGCCGGGAUGGCGGCCGCGGGCAAACUGAGCAUCGCGGACCCCGACGCCGCGCUGGGGGGCACCGCGCUCCGGUUGUCACGCGAAUCCGUGACCCUCAGGACCCACCGUGCGUUCGCCCAACCCCGACAUCGGCAUCUCUGCGCUCUGUGAGCGGCGCCGUGCGCCCACCCCCACCCGUGGGUCAGCGCUGCUGUGGGUCAGCAUUGCUGUGGGUCAGCGCUGCUGUGGGUCGGCGCUGCUGUGGGUUGGUGCUGCUGAGGCUGGUGGUUCCGAGGGUCGGUGGCGCUGAGGGUCGGUCGUGCCGUGGGUCGGCGCCGCUGCGGAUUUGCGUGGCCGUGGGUCGGCGUAGCCGCGGGUCACCCCGCCGCCGUUCGGCCCAUGGUUCCGGCGGAGGCCCCGGCGCUGCAGCGCGCGGUGACGGCGGGCCGAUUGCGGCUGGCGCGGCUGCUGCUGGAGGGCGGCGCGUACAUCAACGAGGGCGACGCGCGGGGCCGCACGGCGCUGAUGGCCGCGUGUCGGACGCGCUACGCCGACCCCGCGGAGGGGACGCGGAUGGUUCGGUACCUCCUGCGCCGCGGAGCCGACCCCAACAUCGCCGACGCGGCCGGCAUGACGGCGCUGAUGCACGCCUGCGCCGAGCGAGCCGGGGCCGGCGUGGCCGCCGCGCUGCUGGAGCACGGAGCCGACCCCAGCGCCAGGGAUUACGGCGGCGGCUCGGCGCUGCUCUACGCGGCGCGGCGCGGGGAUCGGCAGACGCUGCAGGCGCUGCUGGACGCGUGCGAGGCGAGAGGACGCGAAGUCAUCAUCAUCACCACCGCCACGUCGCCGUCGGGCACCAAAACCACCCGGCAGUACCUGCAUGCGGCCCCGCCGUCCCCGGCGUCGUCGGCGUCGUCGUCUCCCGCCCCGUGCGCGUCGCCGUCGGAAGUGGAGCUGCGCGCCGUCGCCGCGUCGCCCGCCGGCGGCGAAACGGAACGCGAGGAGCGCGUCUUCCGCUUCCCGCCCGCCGUCGCUCCGCCGUCGACGGGUGACGCCGCCGCCGCCGCCCCGCCGCCCCGAGCCCGACGGCGGCCGCUGCAGCGCCUCAACUCGGAGCCGGGGGGGCUGCGGGCGGCGGGGAGCCCCGCGGAGGGGCUGCCGGAUGGGGCUGGAGGGGCUGCGGCUGAGCGCGCGCCCGCGGCGGCACAGCGCGGAGGGCCGCGACGCCGACGGGACGGGAGCCCCCCCCGGCGACCCCCGGCGGCCGCCGCGCCGCCCCCUCCCGAAUCGCCCCCCGCUCCGCGCCGCCGCGUUCCCGGCUUGCUGCUGCGCCGCGGGUCGGGGCCGCUGCUCCUGGAGCCCCCCGGGUCGGGCAGAGCCCCCCCUCCGCCCCCGUUGCUGCCCCCUCUGCUCGGCCUCCCCCCUCCGGGACCCCCGUCGCCCAAAGGCCGCCGUCAGCUGCUGCGCCGGCACUCGGUGCAGACCGAACAGAUGUGGCACGGCGCCGACGGCGGGGGGAGACCGUGAGGGACCCCACGGGGACCCCAACCAAAGCGCACAGAGGAGCCCUCGAGGACUGAGCGGGGAUCCACCGGGACCCAACAGUUACUCCGUGGGGAGCCCACGAUGCCCCGCCGUGACUCAGCAGAGAACCGACGGGGAGCCGCAGUGCUGCCAUCAUCGUCCUACAGCGACCCCACGGGGACCCCAAAAUGACCCCACGGAGUCCCCGCAGUGACCCCACAAUAUCCCUACGGGGACCCCACAGCUGACCCCAAAAUGACCCCACGGCGAUCCCACGGCUGAAUCGAGCCCCGUUUGGGGGUCACGGUGCGACCCGCAGCGCCCCCUGGCGGUACGGCGGUACGGCGG